GGUGGUAAGCACACAGACAGCCCGUCAUGGAUUGCCAUCGAGGGCAGCGGCCCUGUCGGCCCCUGUCGGCCGUCACCAGGUGCCAGCGUCGCCCUGAGCGAUCUGUGGCCUUGGGGUUGACCUGAACACGGCCACUGCCGCACCGUGCUGUCGUCCCCCGAUCGCCGGCUCUACCUGAAUGCAUGACCCCUUCCCACGUCUUGUGGCAUUUCAUCUUCCUGGUCGCUCUUUGCUCGUGUCUCGUGGCUUGACUUGGUAGCACAACUCUUCCGUGGCCCUCAAAGGCAUCGGCUCUGCUCCAAGUCUUACACUUGACCUUCACUUUUCCAUCUCUCUUCUCAAACCGACGUCAUGGCCCCCAAGUUUGACCCCAACGCGAUUGACUACGUCUACCUCCGCGCCGUCGGUGGUGAGGUUGGUGCCACUUCGGCUCUGGCCCCCAAGAUUGGUCCUCUCGGUCUCUCCCCCAAGAAGGUCGGUGAUGACAUUGCCAAGGGCACCAAGGACUGGAAGGGUCUCCGCGUGACCGUCAAGCUCACCAUCCAGAACCGCAAGGCCACCGUCUCGGUCGUCCCCUCGGCCUCCUCUCUGGUCAUUGCUGCCCUCAAGGAGCCCGUCCGUGACCGCAAGAAAGAGAAGAACGUUGCCCACAACGGCAACAUCUCCUACAACGAUGUGUACGGCAUUGCCAAGACCAUGCGUGGCCGCUCCAUGGCUCGCGCCAUGUCUGGCACCGUCAAGGAGAUCCUCGGUACCUGCCAGUCGGUCGGCUGCACCGUCGACGGCAAGCACCCCCACACUCUGAUUGAGGAGAUUGACAACGGUGAUCUCGUUGUUGAGGACUUCGAGGCCCCCAAGGCCGAGUAAGCCGUUUUUGUCUCAUCUCUUCUCAACCCUAAUCAGAAUUGGAUUUUGAAGUUCA